AUGAUCCACACCAAUGUGACAAGGAUGAGAAGCUUCUUCAUCCUCGGUUUCCCUGGACUUUCACCACAGUAUUAUGGGCCUGUGUCGGCUUUGCUUUUUGUCAUCUACCUAGCUAUUGCAAUAGGGAACAUUUUCAUUUUAUCAUUUGUUUUCUGUGAGAAAUCACUGCAAAAACCAACAUAUCUGGUCUUUUGUCACUUGGCAGUGAACGACUUAACAUUUGGCACUGUGACUCUCCCAAAGAUCAUAUCAAAAUACUGGUUUGGUGAUACCACUAUUUCAUUUUAUGGCUGUUUUACACAGAUGUUCUUUGUCCACUAUUUAGGAUCAGUAACUUCUUUUAUCUUGUUGGUAAUGGCUCUUGAUCGAUUUAUUGCCAUCUGUAUUCCACUGCGUUAUCCUGUCCUAAUCACGAACAACAUCAUAUCUGUGCUCUGUGGGUUUGCUUGGUUCAUACCUGUGUCUUUGAUGGUGACUAUUGUACUGCAUGCCCUCACUUUACCUUUCUGUAAAUCAAAUGUCAUUUCUCAAUGCUACUGUGACCACAUUUCUAUAACAAGUCAGGCAUGCGGUGAGGAUGUUAAAAUUGUACAGGUCACUACUCUCUGUAUGGCCAUGUUUUGUCUUUUGCUUCCUCUUGCAUUCAUCUUAUUUUCCUACUUUUCCAUCAUAGUGGUUAUUUUGAAAAUGUCUAAUGCUGCCGGCCGAAAAAAGACCUUAUCAACUUGUACCCCACAAAUUUUUAUCACUUGUCUUUUUUACCUGCCCAGAUGUUUUGUUUAUGUUGCUAACACUGUUGGAUUUUCUUUCAGUUUAGAUGUUCGCAUUUUAUUGAUAUUGUUGUACAGUCUUUUUCCUGCUGCUGUUAAUCCAAUCAUAUAUUGUUUUAAGACUCAGGAUAUCAAGCAGACUUUGAUGAAGAAGGUGAAAACAAAAAAGAUUGGAAUAGAGAUUAAAUUUUCAGUCUAA